GUUGUUUUGCCUGGCCGCCGCUGCUGCUACUGCUGCUGCUGCUGCUGCCAUGGUCUGGAGCUGACGAGUUCGAGCUCGCUUCGGCCCCCAUUCUCGCUUGGGCAUUCAAGACAGAACAAGGAAACACAGCAAACCCAGCCAGCAGCAGCUCUCUCAUGCUAACCAUAGAGGCGCAUCCACAUCUCGCAUCGCUCUUUUCCUUAGAAUGCUCCUUCUACUGCUGCUGUGAGUUGUAACAUAUCGAUUGAGUGGAGGUCGCAGUACCAGGGCCGAGGAGGAAGAGCCUCCACUCCAGCACAAAGAUGGCAGCAGCAGCAGCAGCAAGAUCGGGCAGAAUGUGGGUGCUGGGGUGGGCCGUGCUGCUCCUGGCCAGCGCCGGGCAGUCGGCCUUUGAUUACAAGGAUGCGCUGAGCAAGAGCAUCCUGUUUUACGAGGCGCAGAGAUCUGGGCGGCUCCCCACGGACCAGAGGGCGGCCUGGCGCUCCGAUUCAGCACUCUUGGAUGGGAAAUCUCAGGGGGUGGAUUUGGUUGGAGGGUAUUACGACGCGGGCGACAAUGUCAAGUUUGGCCUGCCCAUGGCCUUCACCAUCACCAUGAUGUCGUGGAGCGCCAUCGAGUUCCACAAGCAGCUCCAGUCGAGUGGUCAGCUCGGCUACACCCUCGACGCCAUCAAAUGGGGGGCCGACUACCUCGUCAAGGCACACCCACAGCCCAAUGUGCUCUGGGGCGAGGUAAAAAAGUUAACCAUGCUCUACUUGUGUAUCUCACAACUUCCUUUCACUAAGGUGGGUGAUGGAUUCACGGAUCACUUCUGCUGGCAAAGGCCCGAGGACAUGACAACGCCCCGGAAAGCUUACAAGAUCGAUGCGAGCAACCCAGGGUCGGAUUUGGCGGGCGAAACUGCCGCCGCUCUCGCUGCCGCUUCCAUUGUCUUUAGAAGGCACAAUGCGGCAUACGCAAACAAUCUCCUGGCUCACUCCAAGCAGCUCUUCCAGUUUGCCGACACACACCGCGGCAAGUACGACGCCAGCAUUUCGGUGGCUCAAAAGUUUUACAACUCCAAGAGUGGCUAUGCGGACGAGCUGCUGUGGGCAGCCCUGUGGCUUCACCAAGCAACUCACGACGAUUUCUACCUCAGCUACGCCGCCAACAAUGCGGGCACUCUCGGGGGCCUAGGCUGGGACAUGAAAGAAUUCAGUUGGGACGUCAAGUAUGCGGGUGUGCAAGUCCUUGCUUCCAAGGUUUUGCUUCAAGGGAGAGGAGGGCAGCACGCAUCGGUGUUGAGGAGCUACCAGUCCAAAGCCAAUUUCUUCCUCUGCGCCUGCUUGCAAAAGAACGGCGGCGGAGGAAACGUCCAGCGGACACCGGGUGGCUUGCUCUACGUAAGAUCUUGGAACAACAUGCAAUAUGUGACGGGCGCAGCGUUCCUUCUCACCGUGUACUCGGAUUAUCUAGCAAGCUCCGGGCAGCAACUCCAGUGCCCGGGCCAGAGAGUUGGGUCAGGCGAGCUGCUUCGGAUGGCACAGUCUCAGGUGGACUACAUCUUGGGAGACAAUCCUCGAGCGACGAGUUACAUGGUUGGGUUUGGUGCCAACUUUCCCCAGGAAGUUCACCACCGAGCCUCGUCCAUUGUGUCGUACAAGGUGAACCCCUCGUUCGUGAGUUGCCGCGGUGGAUAUGCAACCUGGUACAAGAGGCGAGACCGCGAUCCCAACAUUCUCACGGGUGCCGUGGUGGGAGGACCGGAUCAAAACGACAACUUUGCGGACGAGAGGGACAACUUUGAGCAAACGGAACCAGCAAUCUACACAAACGGCCCGCUCAUGGGCGUUCUCGCCAGGCUCCACGGCGGCUACUACAACUCCCGCGACGACUCCGGAUCCGACUUGAACACAAACCCAGUGGAGGCAUUGCCGCUGCCUCCAACCAGUGCUGCAAGCCGUCCAGAUGACUCGGUGGAGUUAACGCACGAGACAGUGGCAUCUUGGCUGUUCAAGGGCCAGACAUACUACAAGUACGCGGUGAAUGCCACCAAUGCAUCCAAGCACACGCUGUCGAGCCUCAACCUCCGCAUUGACAAUCUCCAAGGCCCGCUGUGGGGGCUCACCAAGACCGACGCCACUACCUACACUUUCCCCGAGUGGCUGCAUUCCUUGUCGCCGCACGGGAGCCUCGUCUUCGUUUACAUCCAGCCAGCCGCAGCUGCGAAAGUCCAAGUUCUCAGCAGCAGCUGGGUGGAGGAGCGGGCAUCGUGAGCAACGGCGUGGUUGAUCCAUCCUCUCAUCUCGCUCGCAUCCAGCGGCGGACGAGUCUAUCUUCUACGUAAGUAUGCUACCAAAGGCGGUGCUACAGCGAGAAUAAAAACCAAGGUAUGUAUGUGUGAUAUACACAAGCAAGCGCAGUGUGCUAGCCCAAGCUAGCCGCUGGACGCUCGAGGUCUCAUCCAUCCGUGAUCCGUUUGAGCUCGAUCAGUCGAGAAGCUGCUUUGAGUUUCCAGUCGGGCGAUGGAACAAUAACGGACCGGUGUUUUUUUAAUUCUUGAAUGCGCUAUUCGCGAGUAUAAGCUUGUAAUCUUUCCAUGUGUGGAAUUCCAACUCAAGAAAUACGGGUUUUAGCUA